AGAGAGGGGCAAGGCAGAGGGAAAAUCUGACUACGGGCUGCACCAAAGUUUUCAGUCUCUCAGAUCUCCGCCCCUCCAUGCAUGUUAUAUAGUGAAACCUGAAACGACAAAAGGCCUGUAUUUGGUGCCCUACUCUCUUCUGGAAUCUGUCAUUGUACAACAUUAUGAAAGGACACACAGGUGAAAUGGAGAACACGUCCAAGGUGGAGCCCUCCAACGGGCACAGCAGGCCCCUGGACAUUGUGCCCAGUAUGGAGGAGAAGAUGACAGACAGGGGUCAGUGGGGCAACAAGCUUGAGUUUGUUCUGUCAGUGGCUGGAGAGAUUAUAGGCCUGGGGAAUGUCUGGCGUUUUCCCUAUCUUUGCUAUAAGAACGGAGGAGGUGCCUUCUUUAUCCCAUACCUCAUCUUCUUGUUUGCUUGUGGGAUUCCGGUCUUCUUCCUGGAGACAGCUCUGGGUCAGUACACCAGCGAGGGAGGUAUCACCUGCUGGAGGAAGAUCUGCCCUUUGUUUGAAGGAGUGGGUUAUGCCACCCAGGUGAUUGUUGCUCUGCUGAACAUCUACUACAUCAUUGUGUUAGCCUGGGCCAUCUUCUUCCUAUCCAACUCCUUCACCUGGGACUUGCCCUGGGCCUCCUGCAACAACUCCUGGAACACAGAUUCCUGUAUGGCAUUUCAGAGGGGGAAUAGCUCCAUCAGUCACCAUGAGAACGCCACCUCUCCUGUCAUUGAGUUCUGGGAGCGCAGAGUCCUGAGAAUCUCUUCUGGUAUUGAUCACAUUGGCUCUCUGAACUGGGACCUGGUCAUCUGUCUGGCCGUCGCAUGGGUCAUCUGUUACUUCUGCAUCUGGAAGGGAGUCAAAUCCACUGGGAAGGUGGUUUACUUCACAGCUACCUUUCCUUAUGCCAUGUUGCUGAUCCUGCUGAUCAGAGGGGUCACCCUGCCAGGAGCCUCCAGGGGAAUCCACUUCUACCUCUACCCAGACCUUGGACGGUUAUCUGACCCACAGGUAUGGAUGGAUGCUGGAACUCAGAUCUUUUUCUCUUAUGCCAUCUGCCUGGGCUGCCUCACUGCCCUGGGAAGCUACAACAAAUAUAACAACAACUGCUACAGGGAUUGCCUGUCCCUCUGUUUUCUAAACAGUGGCACCAGUUUUGUUGCAGGCUUCGCCAUCUUCUCCAUCCUGGGCUUUAUGUCCUACGAGCAGAAUGUACCCAUCUCAGAAGUAGCUGAAUCUGGUCCAGGUUUGGCCUUCAUAGCCUAUCCCCGAGCUGUGUCCAUGAUGCCUUUCUCUCCUCUGUGGGCCUGCUUCUUCUUUAUUAUGAUAGUCUUCCUGGGACUGGACAGUCAAUUUGUGUGUGUGGAAAGCCUGGUGACGGCCAUGGUGGACAUGUAUCCCUCCACCUUCCGCCGUAAAAACCGUCGGGAGCUCUUCAUCCUGGCAGUGGCUGUGGUAUCAUUUCUCAUGGGGCUCAUCAUGCUGACAGAGGGAGGAAUGUACAUCUUCCAGCUCUUUGACUACUAUGCAGCUAGUGGGAUGUGUCUACUCUUCGUGGCUAUUUUUGAGACUGUUUGCAUUGCUUGGAUUUAUGGUGCUGACCGUUUCUAUGACAACAUAGAGGACAUGAUUGGUUAUCGCCCCAGCCCUGUCAUCAAAUACUGCUGGCUUUUCUUCACCCCUGCAACAUGUUUUGGAACCUUUGCCUUUGCCUUGAUCAAGUACUCACCUCUGAAGUACAACAAUGAAUAUGUAUACCCCUGGUGGGGCAAUGGGAUAGGCUGGAUCCUGGCCCUGUCCUCCAUGCUGUGUAUCCCUCUCUGGGUGGCAGUGAAACUCUACUACACCCCUGGAACACUGAGAGAGCGCGUUGCCAUCUUGACCACUCCUUCCACUGAGUUACCGAAGACAAAACAAGAGCAAGAGAAGCUGCUAGCCAUCUUUGCCGCAGAUGGUGACAGCCUCCAACAGAAAGCACCUCCUACUAAGGAUGGAUACUUCCCUGUUGAUGAAAAAGAGUCCCAUUGCUAAAGACCUGAAGGUUGAAAUCAGAGCCUUAGUAAGGGGUCAAAGGUCACUCCUCAACUUUUACACUCUGUCUGGCCCCUUCCCAACUCUUUCCGCAAUACCUCACCAGACGAAGUGGCAAAACACGCACAGAUGCAGAGUUUAAGAGUCACUUGACCUGUAACUACUGAUCUGCUGCUGGAGUUUUCUCCUUUGUAUGCUGCCUUCAACAUACAGUAUGACAGUGUCAAUAUUCUUAUUUAAAGAUUUACAUCCUUUUUAGGUGAGCUGGUUAUCAUAUCAUUUGCCAGUGGCAGAGUCACAUGUACAUUUGAAAAAAAUGUUGCCAUUGUUGUUACACAAUGGCUAGGAAUUUACAUUUGAUUGUGUCUGCUUUCUAAGGAAGCAUUUUUUUCCUGUUAUGGACAUCUCUAAUGUUCAGUAAAAUGACAUUCCAGUUACCUUACUGAGCCUAACAGCUGUCUGCUGCAGAUGGAGCAUAGAAGGUGUGACAUGAGUGCACAAAUCGUAAAGGUUGAGUUGAAGAAUAUAUGUGUGUGUUCAAAUGCAAUUCUGUAUUGCACAACUGUAAUGUGUAUUCACUUCAGUCACACCUACAGUUGUGUUUUUACUGUAUAGUAGUAAGAUAUCAUCUCAGGAUGUAAGAUUUUCCAAUGAAACAUCCUACAAAAACAUACUAAUGACCAAUUCUUGAGAAUCCAAGAAGUUAAAAUUUACAUUUAGCUGAACUGACCACAACUUAUCUCAAUUAAGCUUUGCUGUUAUUUCAUAUUAAUGUUACUGUCUUCAUUGAUUCAAUGCAUGUUUUUUUCUUUUGCUUUUCUGAUUUUUGCAGAACUGCAUGAAUAUUGUACAUGCUUUUUGUUUGACUUCUGAUUAUUGAUAUUGGUUAUAUGAUUUUAAUCCAGUUGGUUUUGCCUCAUUUCUAAUGCACUGAAUUGUAUGAACUAAAAAUGUAAAGUGCCUGAAGGAGACAGCUGUGCCACUUAGAUAAUAUGAACAGAGAAGGAAGUCAUGGUUGAAGAGAUUCAUUUCAAUGUGAACAUCUCUCUCAUCAUUAUCUCUAGUGUAUAAUAAUGAACGUCAGCCUGCUUCUCUUUAGUUGUUUAGUGCUGGAAUGAAUAUAUGAUAAUUGAUUACUGAUAGGGAAAACUUUUACAUAUGUAACUUUUAUAUGCUAAAAUUAUUUUUUAUGACUGAAUAAAAAUAUGUUCAUUUGAAAAGUACACUUCUAUUGCAAUAUAUGUUUAUAUUUUAUGGGUCAUACAGUUUGUUAUUCAGUACAUGAAUGAUCAUUUACAUCACAAAGAAUGUAUGUGACUUAACUGUGUCUAUUUUGAUGAUUAAAAAGGAAUAUUCUAAAUUUCA